AAAUAAUUUUUUUCAACUCAACCAUAUUUCCAUUUUCCAUAACAUGUAUUAUUCCUAGCACACUAUGAUUCAUCACACACCCAAAUUCUUAUCCUAUGUUCCUAUUAUACUGUACACAAUGAAACCAAUCAAAUUCAGAUUAUCAUUUUUAUUCAUGUUACUAGCCUCUAAAUCCUUCAUAGCAGAAUCAAAAUGUAGCAAAACUUGUAAUAUAGCGUUAGCUUCCUAUUAUCUACAAGAUGAUACAAAUCUCACAUAUGUUUCAAACAUCAUGCAAUCAAACCUUGUUACAAAACCAGAAGAUAUUGUUAGUUACAACACAGACACAAUAACAAACAAAGAUUUUGUCCAAUCUUUUACAAGAGUGAAUGUUCCAUUCCCUUGUGAUUGCAUCCAUGAUGAGUUUCUUGGCCAUAUAUUUCAAUACCAAGUUGCUACAAAAGAUACUUAUUUAUCUGUUGCUAGUAACAAUUAUUCCAAUUUGACUACUUCUGAAUGGUUGCAAAAUUUCAAUAGCUAUCCAUCAAAUGAUAUUCCUGAUACUGGAACUCUUAAUGUUACUGUUAAUUGUUCAUGUGGGAACAGUGAUGUUUCCAAGGAUUAUGGUUUGUUUAUUACAUAUCCUCUUAGACCUGAGGAUUCUUUGGAAUUGAUUUCUAAUAAGACUGAAAUUGAUGCUGAGUUGCUGCAAAAGUAUAACCCUGGUGUGAAUUUUAGUCAAGGGAGUGGUUUGGUUUAUAUUCCUGGGAAAGACCAAAAUCGUAACUAUGUGCCUUUUCACACUAGCACUGGAGGUCUAUCAGGUGGAGUUAUAACUGGAAUAUCUGUUGGAGCAGUAGCAGGACUAAUUCUAUUAUCAUUUUGCAUUUAUGUUACGUAUUACCGAAAGAAGAAGAUAAGGAAGCAAGAAUUUCUUUCGGAAGAAUCCAGCGCGAUCUUCGGUCAAGUUAAGAAUGAUGAAGUCUCCGGUAAUGCUACAUAUGGAACUUCAGAUUCUGCGAGUCCUGCUAAUAUGAUUGGAAUUAGGGUGGAAAAAUCAGGAGAGUUUUCAUAUGAAGAACUAGCCAAUGCCACAAAUAACUUCAACAUGGCUAACAAAAUCGGUCAAGGUGGUUUCGGUGAAGUCUAUUACGCAGAGCUGAAUGGCGAGAAAGCUGCAAUAAAAAAGAUGGACAUGAAAGCAACAAAAGAAUUUCUUGCUGAGUUGAAGGUGUUGACGCGUGUUCAUCACGUGAACCUGGUACGCUUGAUCGGAUACUGUGUUGAGGGAUCCCUUUUCCUUGUCUAUGAAUACAUUGAUAAUGGAAACUUAGGCCAACAUCUACGCAGUUCAGAUGGAGAACCUUUGUCAUGGUCUAUCAGGGUUAAAAUUGCUCUGGAUUCAGCCAGAGGUCUUGAAUACAUUCACGAACAUACCGUCCCUACAUAUAUUCAUCGCGACAUAAAGUCAGAAAAUAUUCUAUUAGACAAAAACUUCUGUGCAAAGGUUGCAGACUUCGGAUUAACCAAGCUGAUUGAUGCUGGAAUUUCAUCAGUUCCCACUGUUAAUAUGGCUGGCACAUUUGGCUACAUGCCACCAGAAUAUGCAUAUGGUAGUGUUUCUUCAAAAAUAGAUGUAUAUGCUUUUGGAGUAGUUCUUUAUGAACUAAUUUCUGCUAAAGCAGCUGUAAUAAUGGGUGAAGAUUCUGGUGCUGAUUUAAAGGGCCUUGUAGUUUUGUUUGAAGAAGUUUUUGAUCAGCCACAUCCUAUAGAAGGUCUUAAAAAACUGGUGGAUCCUAGGCUUGGAGAUAACUAUCCAAUUGAUCAUGUAUUCAAGAUGGCACAACUUGCGAAAGUAUGUACAAAUAGUGAUCCGCAGCAACGUCCAAAUAUGAGUUCUGUUGUAGUUGCUCUUACCACACUAACUUCAACUACUGAGGAUUGGGAUAUUACUUCUAUAUUCAAAAAUCCAAAUCUUGUAAAUCUAAUGUCUGGAAGAUAGGAAUGUGAAUUUAGGAUACAAAUGUUAUGGGGAUUAUACCCUUAUAUUAAAAAUAACCAAAUGGCUUUUCUUUAGUAAGUUUUUGGGUAUUGUUAUUUGCA